AUGGCCCAAGCAUCCAAGCUUAUGGCUUCCUCUCACAGUGGUGUUCAUUUCAUCUCCGGCUUGAACCAUCAACGUCGCCCCUCCUUAGCUGAUCUCCCCAAAUCCUCCCUGAAACCAGUCAAAUCAAACUCCAAAAUCAGCCCUUACACAGUACUGGAAAACAGCUCAGCCACCUUCCGCCGUUGUUCGGUUGUUAAACAUAUAAAAUUCCUUGGCAGAGGCUGCUCCAACUUACCUAUCCGAGACCCGCAUUUUUCAGCCUCAGCGAAGUCAUUAGAGCGAGGCGAAGGAGGACAACCCGUUCCUUCUUCUUGGAUUGAAGCAAUUUUUCCUGAACAAGCUCGGCCUUACGCCUACCUAGUCCGCUUGGACAAGCCAGCUGGGACGUUUUUAUUUGCAUGGCCAUGUAUGUGGUCGCUUGCAUUCACGGCGAAUGCCGGCACGCUUCCUGAUCUGAAGAUGUUAGCAUUCUUUUUCUUGGUCUCUUUCAUGUCAAGAAAUAUUGCAUGCAACAUCAACGAUUACUUUGAUAAGGAUUUCGAUUCGCAGGUUGAGCGAACCAAAGGAAGGCCGCUUGCCUCUGGCGCAAUAGCGGGAUUUCAAGCACUUCUUUUCCUUGCCAUUCAAUUGCUACUCGGUUAUGGUGUUCUUUUCGCAGUAAACAAACUAAGCCGUCUAUUAUGGGUUUCAUCUUUGCCGUGGAUCUUUACUUACCCGCUCAUGAAGAGAAUAACAUAUUGGCCUCAAGCCUACCUGGGUCUGACGGUCAGUUGGGGCGCAGCAUACUCAUGGGCUGCUGUUAAAGGAAGUCUUGAUCCUGCGAUUGUCUUCCCACUCGUCCUUGCCUUCUUCUUUUGGACUCUGGAAUUUGAUACAAUAUAUGCACAUCAGGACAAAGAAGAUGAUGUGAAGGUGGGCAUCAAGUCUACAGCUUUGCUAUUUGGUGAUUCAACAAAACUAUGGAUUUCUGGUUUUGCAGCGGCAUCCAUUGCUGGUCUUGCUCUAACGGGAUUUAAUGCUAAUAUUGGAUGGCCAUUCUAUGGAUUGUUGGCUGCUGCUUCUGGUCAUCUUGCUUGGCAAAUUUGGGAUGUUGACUUAUCAAAUCCUGCUGAUUGCUCCAGAAAAUUUGUAUCAAAUAUAUGGUUUGGUGCUAUUGUCUUUGGUGCGAUCUUAUGUGGAAGACUCUUCUCAUAG